CUGUGCAGCUGGUGCUUUGCUGUGUUUCACCAGGAGAGGGUAGAGUUUGGAAAGGACUCCUGGCAGCCCAGGCUCCCUAUUGUGCUGGGAAACAGCGACGGGAAAACAAGCACAAGUUUCUCCUCUGCCUGUUUGCACCGACUGACUAUGUGCGAGAGUCGGCAGAUGAACUCUGGAAGACCUUAAAGUAAACAGAAAACGGAAAGAGAAACAAAAUUCCAAAGCAGCUUUCUAGGGAGAUCUGAGGAGCCGAAGGUUGGAGCCGCGGCGUUCCCGCGGGCUCACCCCGCCGACUGUGUCCGAGAACUGUCACUCACUGCUCCUUAACCAGAGCUCGGGAUUCAUCCCUCUGCCGGGGCUUGAAGCUGUGAAUAGAUAUCACUUGUAGAGACAGAAUGGGACCUGAAAAGACUCUCGAGCACUGAACAGAGUGCUUGUUGCAUUCCUCACCAGGCUUUCCCGACCGCAGGUUUCUAUCAGUAACCUUUCCCACCAAGACUCCAGGUCAGUUUGGUGACAUUUGUAACAGGGCUGGCUCAGUGCUGAUCUGCUUUCAUGUCAGACUGAAACCACAAAGCUGUGAAACCAAACAACGGGCUAAAAAUCAACCAAAAUCCAAUACAGUUAUAAAAUGGCAGGUGACUCUAGGUUUCCAGAUGUGGACACUGAUGGAUCGGAAAAAAGUGAAGAAAUGGAGAUUGUAGUCAAUGUCGGUGGGGUAAGGCAGGUGUUCUAUGGAGAUAGCCUGAAUCAGUACCCAGAAACACGGCUGGCAGAGCUGGUCAAUUGUUUAUCGGGGGGAUACGAUAGCAUAUUCUCCCUCUGUGACGACUAUGAUCCUGGGAAGAGAGAGUUUUACUUUGACAGAGAUCCAGAUGCUUUCAAAUGCAUUGUUGACGUGUACUACUUCGGGGAAAUUCACAUGAAGAAAGGAAUAUGCCCCAUAUGUUUCAAGAAUGAAAUGGAAUUUUGGAAAGUGGAUCUGAAAUUUUUGGAUGACUGCUGCAAAGCCCAUCUAAGUGAAAAAAAGGAGGAACUAGAAGAAAUAGCCCGAAGGGUGCAACUUAUUCUGGAUGACUUGGGAAUAGAUGCCUCAGAAAGUCGCUGGAAAAGGUGCCAAAAAUGCAUCUGGAAAUUUCUGGAGAAGCCAGAAUCAUCCUAUCCAGCUAGAGUGAUUGCUGUACUGUCCUUUCUGUUUAUUUUGAUCUCCUCUGUCGUGAUGUGUGUGGGGACUAUCCCAGACUUGCAGGUGGUAGAUGCAGAGGGGAACCGUAUGGAGCACCCGACCCUGGAGAGCAUCGAGACCGCCUGCAUAGGCUGGUUUACCAUGGAGUAUGUGCUGAGGCUGAUCUCCUCCCCCAACAAACUCCACUUUGCCCUUUCUUUCAUGAACAUUGUUGAUGUGCUAGCAAUACUUCCUUUCUACGUCAGCCUGACCUUGACCCACCUGGGAGCCAAGCUGAUGGAGCUGAGCAAUGUCCAGCAGGCUGUCCAGGCACUGCGCAUCAUGAGGAUCGCAAGGAUUUUCAAGCUUGCACGCCAUUCCUCAGGGCUCCAGACCCUAACCUAUGCCCUGAAACGCAGCUUUAAGGAGCUUGGGCUGCUCCUCAUGUACUUAGCUGUUGGAAUCUUUGUCUUUUCUGCCCUAGGUUAUACCAUGGAACAGAGUCACCCCGAAACUUUAUUUAAAAGCAUCCCUCAGUCAUUUUGGUGGGCAAUCAUUACCAUGACCACAGUUGGAUAUGGAGAUAUUUACCCUAAAACAACAUUAGGAAAGCUGAAUGCUGCCAUCAGUUUUCUUUGUGGAGUGAUAGCGAUAGCCCUCCCCAUCCAUCCCAUCAUUAACAACUUUGUCAGGUAUUACAACAAACAGAGAGUUUUAGAAACAGCUGCCAAACAUGAACUGGAGCUGAUGGAACUAAACUCUGCUGAGGGGAAAACCGCAGGCUCCAGAAGUGAACUAGAGGAUCUUUCACGGGAAGGCAAAGAGGGUCCUUUUUAUAGCAGCCGGAUAAAAGUCUCCCACAGUGACACCUUUAUUCAUCUCCUGUCAGAAGAGAAACACUAUAGGACCAGGCUUCAAAGCUGCAAAUAAACUGUGAGCUGUUGUCAGUGCUAAGCUACACAUCGGGACAACCUGACAAUCAACUAUGGAAGGGACUCGCAGAUCUGUCAGAGUUGGGAGGGAGCACUGCUUUGCUUUUCCAACAUGAAUAUAAAUUAACCCCGUGGCUUCUCCAUCAACAGUUGGUAAGACAUUACCGUUAUUAACCCAAAAUAACACAGUAGGACUCCACUGAGAUCAGACUGCUUAUAUUGAGUGUGUUCUGACAAAAAACAUUUGUAACCAUUUCAGAGACUCAGAAGUCCUCCCUGAUCCAUAAAUGUUCAAUGACCUGAAUGUGCAGCAUUGCCACAUCAGAACUUUGUAUCUGUGACAAUAAAGAGCAGCAUCACACAGAUUGUGUCUUCCAGGCUCUCUUCAAUGCCUUUGCAGCUAGGGGAACUGCUCCUUAAAAAAAUUAAAAUAGCCUCUCACUUGUAUUAGAUUCAGGCUUACAGCAAAAUGUAACAAGCAGUUUGAGCUUAGAGAUACUGAAAGUAUCAGCAUAUACUGUGUGCAGAAUAUUAGAGUGAAUAAAUGGCUUUGUUUUGUAAAAUGUA